GUGAUAACGUAAAGCAUAUAAGUUCUGCGGCGGUGGCGCUGGUGCAAAGUCGUGUAAGCAACACUCAAAUCUCACAGAGACGUACAAUGGGCGUGAUUAAGCUUACUGCAGGCUCGCCCAAGCCCCCGGUCACCCCGGGCAAGGUGCAGCUGUUCGGCUCGGAGUACAACCCGUACUGCCAGCGCAUACGGAUGAUCCUGAUCGCGCGGGACGUGCCUCACGACGUGUACUCGGCGAGCUCGUGGGACAAGCCGGCGUGGUGGGACUCCGUGCAGCCGGACCACAAGGAGCCGGCGCUGUGCACGGACGACGGCAGGACGCUCACCAAGGGGGACGUCUUCAAGUUCCUGCAGGAGAAGUACCCCGGCCAGGGUUCCGACCCGGCGUUGCGGGACAGCAACUUCGAGCUGCUCAAGAAGUUCGAACUGGUGAUGGAGAAUUUUUUCACUGCUCUCCAGAACAAAGACCACAAGCCAUCAGAAAAAGGCCGCGAGUUCUUUCAAGCAUUUGAUGAGGAACUUCAGAAAAGAGGAACCACAUUUCUUGGAGGAGAGACCCCAGGGACGGUAGACUACAUGAUCUGGCCCUGGUUCGAGCGAUUCCGUGUUCCAGCCAUGCUGCACGGCAUAGACCGCCCUCCGCCUUCCGACAGGACUCCGCCGAAGAAUAUGCUGGCGUGGAGGGAAGCCAUGGAGAAGACGAAGCCUGUGAUGGAAACGCGACACUCGUUGGAGGAGCAUGUGGAAGUCUGCAAGCGCUGGAUGCAGAAGUGACCGUGCAAAACCUCUACGCCAAUAAAAAUGAACGCUGACCUUCGUGAAAAUGAUAUCAAAUAAAAUCAAACUUUCCUGCCUUA